AUCGCAGCUGAAGGAUCCGCCAGUGUUGGGGCAAAGGCAGCGAGGUCGGGUACCGCAGCAGAGCUCUCAGCUCUGGGUCUCAGCUCUGGGUCUUCCAGGCACAGGGCUCACCCACCCAAGGACAGGUUACACUGACCCAGCCUGGUGAAGAUCUCUGGAGACCAUGACUAAGAAAAGAAUUGCUGUGAUUGGGGGAGGAGUGAGUGGGCUCACAUCUAUCAAGUGCUGCCUGGAAGAAGGCUUGGAGCCCGUCUGCUUUGAAGAGACUGAUGACAUCGGAGGGCUGUGGAGGUUUCAGGAAGAACCUGAAGAAGGAAGGGCCAGUAUUUACAAGUCACUGAUCAUCAACACUUCUAAGGAGAUGAUGUGCUUCAGUGACUAUCCCAUCCCAGAUCACUAUCCUAACUUCAUGCACAACUCCCAGGUCCUAGAGUAUUUCAGGAUGUAUGCCAAAGAAUUUGACCUUCUAAAGUACAUUCGAUUUAAGACCACCGUGUGCUGUGUGAAGAAGCAGCCUGAUUUCUCCACUUCAGGCCAAUGGGAGGUGGUCACGGACUCUGAAGGGAAAAAGGAGGUGAAUGUCUUCGAUGGAGUUAUGGUUUGCACUGGCCAUCACACCAAUGCUUACUUACCCUUGGAAACCUUCCCUGGAAUUGAGAAGUUCAAAGGACAAUACUUCCAUAGUCGAGAUUAUAAGAAUUCAGAGAGUUUCACUGGAAAGAGAGUCAUUAUAAUUGGCAUUGGGAAUUCUGGAAGCGAUCUGGCUGUGGAAAUUAGCCAUACAGCCAAGCAGGUUUUCCUCAGCACCAGAAGAGGGGCUUGGAUCUUCAAUCGUGUCGGAGACUAUGGAUAUCCUUUUGAUGUGUUAUACUCUUCUCGAUUUCAAUAUUUUAUGAAGAAGAUUUGUGGUCAAUCAUUAGCAAAUACAUUUUUGGAAAAAAAGAUGAACCAAAGGUUUGAUCAUGAAAUGUUUGGCCUGAAGCCUAAACACAGAGCUCUGAGUCAGCAUCCAACGGUAAAUGACUUUCUGCCAAAUUGUAUAAUUUCUGGCUUGGUGAAGGUGAAGUCAAACGUGAAGGAAUUCACAGAGACAGCGGCCAUAUUUGAGGAUGGCUCCAGGGAAGAUGACAUUGAUGCUGUUAUCUUUGCUACAGGCUAUAGCUUUGCCUUUCCUUUUCUUGAAGAUUCUGUCAAAGUAGUCAAAAACAAGACAUCUCUGUAUAAAAAGGUCUUCCCUCCUAACCUAGAGAAGCCAACUCUUGCAAUCAUAGGCUUGAUCCAGCCCUUGGGUGCCAUUAUGCCCAUUUCAGAGCUCCAAGGACGCUGGGUCACUCAAGUAUUUAAAGGGAUAAAGACAUUACCCUCACAAAAUGAAAUGAUAAAAGAAAUAGCUAAGGUUCAAGAGGAUAUGGGCAAAAGGUAUGUGGACAGCCAACGCCAUACCAUUCAGGGAGACUAUAUAGAUACCAUGGAUGAGCUUGCUGAUCUGGUGGGCGUCAGGCCCAAUCUGCUGUCCUUGGCAUUCACUGACCCCAAAUUGGCAUUACAGUUACUUUGGGGACCCUGUACUCCAAUCCAGUAUCGGCUACAGGGCCCUGGAAAGUGGGAUGGAGCUCGAAAAGCUAUCCUCACCACAGAAGAUCGUAUCAGGAAGCCGCUAAUGACAAGAGUAAUUGAAAGCAACAAUUCCACAACUUCAACAAUAACAAUGGCCAGGUUUAUGCUGGCUGUGGCUUUCUUUGCUAUAAUUAUGACCUAUUUUUAGCUGUUCCAUUGUCAUUGUCCCAGUUUUCUUUGAAAGCUGGAUCUGGAGACGCCUUCAGAACCUGA